CGCCUCCGCGCACAGGCCACAGCUCGGGCGAUCCAUCUCAUCGCUCGAUCACGCAGUGCCGCACCCGCGGCUCGUGCACGCGUCGUCGUGAUCGCGCGUGUCCGGCCUGCUGAUUCUGUUUUACUUUUACAACGACAGCGUUGUUAUCGUCAUGUUGUCGUUCCGCAGACGUGAUACACGAUAGAGAGGCUGCACGACAGACCAUGCCAGUGACAUCGUCGUUAUAGAAGUCGAGAAUCGGCCUGCAGGAGUUCGUCCGUCCGUCCCCGUGUGCGAUGUCGCGGUGCCUGCGACGAUGGACGAUGAGGACGACAACAACGGCGGCGGCGCGCCGCCGUCCGCUGCCACGUGCCACAUCCGUGUCGCGCACCGGCAAGUCGAGCCGCUUCGCGGCCGCGCCGAGCGGAUCGCGAAACUGUUCGGCGUGAAGUUGCUGCUGCCGUCAUCGCAGUCACCGUCCCCGCUGCUACCGACGAAUCGAGCCGGCGGAGUGCGCGCGACCGAGACGCUGCUCCGGUGCUCUUCGCCGCGCGGUGGCGACUCGAAUGCGAGUGAGCCGUUGCUCGUGCCGUUGCGGAUCCUUUCCGGGUGCGCCGCCGACGAGGGAGGAGGGGGCAGCCAGGCAGAUACGAUGUGCGAGAUCGCUGUCAGAGUCCAGAGAUACGUGGACUGCACAGUGCUGGGGGCGGGCAGCGUGCCAGACGCCGAGGACUCCUCGUACGACAGCGAUUACGAGGCUGAGGACUCGACUACGUCGACGGCGGCGACGACCGCGACGGCGACGGUGCCCCGUCCGCGCUCGGAGUCGCAGGUGUCCUCUGUGGCGCACCCGGACGUGUCCCGCACCGCGUCUGACACCCUGGCGGCGGAAUUCGCCGAGUACGUCACCAUCCAAGGACCUUCGCCCACGCAGAGUCCAGGUUACACCGCUCGCGUGGAGUUCGCGCUGAAACUGGGCUACACCGAGAAGCUCGUGCAGGCGGCCUUACAGAAGCUGGGCCCAGAUCCUGGUCAGAACGAGCUGCUGGCCGAGCUGAUUAAACUCGGAGCUACUUGCUCGCCAAGACUCAGCGAUAGUCCGGAGGAGCCUGAUGGACUGUUGGAUACCGAGAUGGGUACCGACGAGGGCGGAGGGUCGAUCUUGACGACGGCGAUGACGAUGAACACGACCUCGUCGGCGGGCCUGAGGCCCGUCGUCAUCGACGGCAGCAACGUCGCCAUGAGCCACGGCAACAAAGAGGUCUUCUCUUGCCGCGGCAUCAAGAUCUGCGUGGAUUGGUUCCGCGCCAGAGGCCACAAGGAGAUCACCGUCUUCGUGCCCAAGUGGCGGAAGGAGGCCUCCAGGCCCGACAAUCCGGUCGCCGAUCAAGAAAUCUUGGGUGAGCUUGAGAGGGAUCGUCUGCUGGUCUUCACGCCUUCCAGAUUGGUAGGUGGGAAGCGCAUGGUGUGCUACGACGACCGAUACAUCCUGAGGCUCGCCGCAGAGGUCGACGGCAUCGUCGUUAGCAACGAUAACUACCGGGACUUGGCGCAGGAGAAUCCCGAGUUCAGGAGGGUCGUCGAGGAAAGGAUCCUGAUGUAUAGCUUCGUGAACGACCGAUUCAUGCCGCCGGAUGAUCCGCUCGGCAGGAGCGGCCCUACGUUAGAAAAUUUCCUCAGGAUCGCGCCGAGGAAGGUCGACCCGGCGCCGCCGUGUCCUUACGCCAAGAAAUGCACGUACGGCAACAAGUGCAAGUUCCGACAUCCAGAGAGAGGACCACACCCACAUAAGUCCGUGACAGAGCGACUGGUGGAACACGCCCAGCGUCACCUGCAAGCCCGUGGGCCCAGUCUGAGCCUGCCGCUGCCAUCCACAACGUCCGUCUCUCCGCAGCACCCGCCGCUCUGUAAGACCAGGUCGUCGGUGCCGCCGAGCGUCGUUCAAACCUUGUCGUCCGUGCCGAAGAGUCGAUCCGUAGAGAACGUUACGUCUGACUUGUCCACAACUAGUCCCGCCAUGUAUAGCCAACAAAUGCCCCCUGCCCAGAGUCCUCAAGCUUAUCCCUCCGCAAUGGGCUGGGCUGCGUCGAGAGUGAGCAAUCCCGAGCCAGAACCGGCGAAUAUGCAUCGCAAAUUGCAGCGACAGCUGACUUUAAACCCUGCAUGCGACCCACGUCUUUAUCAGCUCAGACGAUACCAUCAGCAACAGCAAGCAAGCCAACCGCCGCAACAGCAGCAACAGCAACAGCCAGUUAUUAAUCCCUCGCGCUCUAGUAUGCAACAUCGGCCGUUAACGAGACACGCCAGCAACGAGUCGUCGUAUCCAGUUACUGCUAUGAGUUGGGACCAUACCGAACGACUUCAACAUCAUCACCAGCACGUGACACGCAUCGCCUCCGCUCCGGACUCGUACAGAGCGUGGCCGCCGUGCGGCGCAGCCCUGGUACCACCGCCGUCGCGGGUGCAAAGGCUAGGUACCUCGGACCCCCAAUUGAAUCUAUUACCGUCACCGCCGUCCGCAAGCUUACACGUGCCUUGGGGCACACAAGCCCAGGACGCUCGGCGUCGUCUGCACUACCAUCUCGCCAAUAUCUUUCCCGAGGAGCAAGUGCAGGCUGCCAUGGCGAUCCAUCCGCAUGAGACCGACCCUCAGCAGAUUUGCGCCGCAAUUUUGGCGAUGUUUCCUAAAAACUAGAAUUAAUGAAAGUCUCGAGAAGUGUAUUUAUAAAUUGUCGACACGUUCAAUCUGCAGCGUCCAAUUGGAAAACUAAUUUCACUACUAACUGUAAUGUUCUCUCUUCGAUUUCUGUGGACAUCUCGUAGAUUGUAGAGAGAUCUUAAUACUAUAUAAAGUACAUGGUAAUCUUGACCAUCGCGUAGAGAGUUGCAUCAAAGAUGCCAAUCAGUCGAGUGAUUUAAAAGAAGUGAUCAAUUUUUGGAAAUUCUAACAUAUCUGAAAUUUUCGAAUUUUUUAAAGAUUGGACGCGUUUUCGUCCUGCUAGUCGUUGUGGGCCAGCAUUUCGCGGACGGAGAACGCGAUGAUAAAUAAUCCGCGUAACGUGAAAGUCUAGAGGAAUAUCCUGAUAUGUCCUCGUAGAUUUUCGCGUUAUUUAAGAAUGAUUAACGAGAGUUGAAUGAUCGCGCAUUUUUUUACAAGCGAGUUUCACGUCAGCAGGGCAUUACAGCGCGAGUGUUGUUACAAUAUUCGGGGUGUAGGUGGUGAGAGAGAAAGAGAGAGAAAAUCUGUAUUUUAAUCCGUCGUUUUAAUCGUAAUGAACUCGCGUCGGUGAUCAUCGUCUCACAUUGAGCCGAUCGACUUCUAUCUUUUCGAUUGCACUCGCGGAAUCGUCUCGCGCUGUUUUCUCAUCAAUGUUUGUUUCUUGACAAGAAAGGAAAAAGAUCCCAAUUAUAUUUUUAUAAGUGCAUCGACUUUACGCGCGUUCGUCUACUGAGGUCAAGUCUACUGAGGUUCUUGAUAAGAUUUUUACAAUUUUUAUAUUAUUGAUAUAGUUAUAUACAUCUUUUGUAUAACUAGACACAUCUGAUUCGACGAACUUCAUUGCUUAUGAGAAAAUUUUUCGAGACGAUGUCGCGAACGCUGAUCGUUCACAUUAGCGGCUGUGAAUUUAUGGGAAGCCUUAUACAUGCAUAUAUAUAUAUAUAUAUAUAUAUAUAUAUAUAUAUAUAUAUAUAUGUAUAUGUGUAUAUAUAUACAUAUAUAUAUAUAUAUAUAUAUAUAUAUAUAUAGACAUAUAUAUAUAUACACACGUAUAUAUCACCCGGCGAUAUAAUUCGUAUUAAAACAGUACAUAAUAUAUACGUAUAUAUGUACGCAUGCGAAACAUUUCGGUAAACCGAAACAAGAUGAGUAUAUCGUACAAAUUGUACGAGAACUAAUUAAGACUUAACCGACUUCUUAUAUCGUUGUUUCCCGUCUCAUAUUGAAGAAUUAUAUAUUUUAACUUAUUGGACUAUCGAUUACUUGACACGCGCACGUAAGAGCUGCGAAUUAAUCGAUAUAUAUAUUAGUUCAAUUUAAUUGAACUCUCCCAAAACAUAGGGAAGAGUCCAAUGGAUUUAAAUUAAUAUUCUCAUGUCAGAUGUUUUUACUUGCGCAGCAAAACGUACCGCAAUAUUUUUCACAAAUAAAUGAAGAAGAAAUCAAUAAUUAAUUUGUUAAUCGAUACAUGUGAUUAUAAAUUUAUUAUAUUAUUUUACGAUAAAAUUUUAUAUCAAAUUUCAAGGACUUCAGCUUUUCCGACAAUUUUGUAUUCAUUGUCUAUCUAACAAAUAAUCUACAAGAUUUUAAUAUAUACAUAUGUGUGUCAUGUGUGCACAUGUAUAUGGUAAUCUCCUCUCGGAAGCACAAUACCAUGUAUUGUUGAGAAUCCGCGAGUUGCGAAGCGAAUACUAUAUAAAGUAUGUUGUAUCUAACAAAGGUAAAGAUAAACAUUUAUUACUCACACUGUGUAAACGAUGAAUGCGCGAUAACCGUUUCGGUUGUGGAAGAUUAUUACUAUUAUUAUUAUUUUAUUAUUAUUUUUAUAAUAAUGUUAAUCUAUGAAAUAUUAUAUAUAUCGAGUUUGUAUCAAUGUUAUUGCGAAUGGAUAUUACGAAAUAAAUGUUUUUUUUGACUUA